AAAAGAAAUGAAAAAAAUACUAAGCUUCAACAAAGAAAGGAUUUUUAAUAUAGUGAGACAAUCCUUUCCCUUAGACCGUAAGGAAACUGAGACUCUGUAGUUGUAGUCUCAGUCUUGUCUUCUUGUUGGAACCUUUACAAAUUCUCAUCAUCAUUUCGCAGUAAACGUAAGUUUGAAUAGCCUUACCAAUUCCCUGCAACCACGAGCUGACCGAGGCUAGAUUUCGGAUGGAUUCCUUCUUUAACAGAGGCUUCAAAGCUUCCAAAUGUAAAACUUUGCUGAAGCUGACAAUUCCUAGGAUAAAGCUGUUGAGAAACCGUAGAGAGGUUCAACUGAAACAGAUGAGGAAAGAAAUCGCCAAGCUUCUGGAAACUGGUCAGGAAGCCACAGCUCGGAUUCGGGUGGAGCAUAUUAUUAGAGAAGAGAAAAUGGUUGCUGCACAGGAGAUAAUUGAGCUAUUUUGUGAACUCAUAGCUGUUCGUCUUCCUAUAAUUGAGGCACAAAGGGAGUGUCCUCUGGAUCUGAAAGAAUCCAUUUCUAGUAUAUGUUUCGCUGCACCAAGAUGUGCAGAUCUCCCAGAACUGCUACAGGUUCAAAUGGCAUUUGCUGGUAAAUAUGGAAAAGAAUUUGUUGCUGCUGCCACGGAGUUAAGGCCCGAAUGUGGUGUCAAUCGACAGUUGAUAGACCAGCUAUCUAUUCGUGCUCCUGCUCCUGAAUUGAAACUGAAGAUUCUGAAAGAAAUUGCUGAGGAGCAUGGACUAGAGUGGGACCCAAGUGGGACAGAAUCUGAAUUGUUGAAGCCGCAUGAAGACUUGCUUCAUGGACCAACCCAAUUUAUGAGCGGGUCUAAGCUGCCUCUUCCUGAAGAGAAACAUAGUGAUGAACCACUAAUGCAAUCCGCUUCUGGAUUCGUGGACAAACGCUCUGAUUCUGAUAUUGAUGAUGAUGAUUAUGACAUAUUAGAUUUACCAGAAGUCCCUAGACAACAGCCAAACACAACAGCUUCCAUCUCAACCCCAGAAAUGCUUCCCUUUCCUGCCUCUGCAUUAUCUGAUUUCGACCGCAGAGCAGAAAAUUUGCCUUCACCACCAGACAUGGAGGAGCGUGAGGAAGUCUUCCCACCACAAAGGUCUGCUGCUGCCAAGGAGAGCAUAUCAUCUAAUUUCUCACACAUUCUCAAGGAAGAUAAGCCAUCAAUGGCUCCUCCCCAUUCUACAUAUUUAAAACAAAGUGAAACAUCCAAUAUAGAUUUAGAGGAUGUGUUGGCUGCAGCUCAGGCAGCAGCUGAAACGGCUGAACGUGCGGCGGCAGCUGCUCGGUCAGUGGCUAGUCUUGCGCAGCUCAGAAUUAGUGAGUUUUCGAAGAAAAAGAGUGACGAUUGCUUUGAACAGCCUCAUUCGGAACAUGAAAGCCCCUUGGAGACCCAUGAAUGGCAAGAAAAACUUGGCUCUCCUCCAUCUAAUAACAACAAUCAACCUCAGAGAUUGCCAUCAAUGGAAGAUGAGACAUACUUCUCUUACCCGAACCUGUUUAAUUCCAAAACCCCUCAUGGACAGUGAGCCAACCCACAUAGCCACCACCAACCUUCUCCCCCCCCCCCCCCCCCCCCCCCCCCCCCGGGCAUUGGGUCUUUGUCUUACCAUGAUGACCCCUAGUGUGUAUUUGGCAACUAUAGUACAAUGUGAUUUGAUUUUCCAAAUGAGCUGUGUUCAUGUAAAAGUGCCUCGCUUGUUUACAGUUAGCUUUUUUUUCCUCCUACCGAUAUGCAAAUAAGAUAUUUUCUAUUCAACACUAAGCUUAACGCAAGCUUUGUGUUUUCAUGUUUUAACUUUGAAGUUCAGCCUGAUGUGAAAGAGCAAAUUACUCUUGGCUCCCCUUCCCCCCAAAGGAUAGAUCAUUUUCUUUAGUAUCCUCGAGUUGAUGUAUUUUUCUGUGAUCAUUCUUAUUAUUCAUAGAAAAG